AUGUCCUCCCGUGCGGUGACUUCCGCCUUCACGCAAGCCCUCCCAAAGAUAGACCUCCACUCUCAUCUCACAGGCAGCAUAUCUCCUCAAACGCUACACGAGAUCUGGCAGCAACAACAACAGAGUAGCACUUCUAGUGAUUUGGUGGAUCCUCUUGUYGCCCUAGCCCCUCCGUCAGGUCAAAAGCAUCACAACAUUCUGACGUUCUUCAAGCUUUUCGACACAUACAUCUACGCUCUCUGCAACACACGUGAGGCUGUGUUCUACGCCACGAAGCACGUACUCCAAGACUUCGCAUAUGAUGGCGUUCGCUAUCUGGAACUCCGCACAACACCGCGGGAAGCACUUUCCACAGGUCUGACCAAGGAGAGUUAUGUUGAGACAGUGCUUGAGGCCAUCGAUGCUUUCCGCCGGGAAGCCCCAGACCGGAUGAGCGUCUACCUGAUUCUUUCCAUCGACCGCCGGCAUACUGCUCAGCAAGCAGAACAGGUCAUCGACCUUGCGCUCACAUAUCGUUCUCGAGGUGUCGUAGGCGUAGAUCUUUGCGGCAAUCCCCUCGUACCUCUCAAUCGAGAAGCCCUAGGUCCUGCAUUUGGGAGAGCAAGCGCAGCGGGACUGAAAGUCACUCUGCAUUUCGCUGAAAUUCCCGCUUCCAGUAGUAUAGAAGAGCUGGAAUAUCUGCUCAGUCUGCAGCCAGACCGGAUCGGACAUGUCAUCCACCUGCCUCCUAGAAUUGAGCAGGUUGUGCAUGAACGGUGUGCACAAAGGAAACUCGGACUAGAACUAUGUCUGUCUUGUAAUGUGCUGGCGAAGAUGCUGCCGCAAGGCGAAGACUCUGACUAUCACCAUCAUCAUCUCGGGACGUGGCUCAAAAGGAAAGACGUUUCGAUUGCUCUCUGUACAGAUGAUGUGGGUGUCUUUGGGAGUGCGGUCAGCAACGAGUAUGAUCWGGCUGCGAAGCACUUCAAGCUUGACUGCAAGGAUCUUGUGUCGGUUGCGAGGCGGGGGGUGGGUAUGAUCUUCGGCGGUGAUGAGGAGAAGAGAAGGCUCGAGAAGUUGAUCGAGGACUUCGAGACGUAA